AUGCCCUUUCCAGCUGCCUUUGGGCUGCCUGCGCUGCCUGCCCAUCCACCGCCCGUACCGUGCCUGCUCUCGUCCGCCCUCCCCGCGCCCUUCAUCAUCAAGCCCUCACCCUGUUCCUGCUCCUGCUCCUCUCCACACCCUAUCCUACUAAGUCCUGCUAGCCCCUCCUCUCCCGCCGCCGCGACAGGACGGCAUUCCAGAUUCGGACCCCAUCUAAUUUCACCCUCCUCACCUGCCUGUCCACCCACCUCCCUCUCUGCAUGCGCCCGUCUCGGGUCGUCCUUUUUUUCCUGGCCACACUAUCUCGCUGUCCCGGACGCCCGCUGCACUUGCUGCUGCACCUCUCUUUGGCCCACGUCUGGAACACGCCGCUUGGCUUGCUGCCUCUGUGCUACCGUCUGCCGCCAGUGCGCUGCACCCCCUGUGCCGCUGCAUAAUAUCUGUCUGCCCGCCGCCGCCGUUUGCUUCGUUACCUAG